AAGUUAUAGCUGAACUUUACAAAAAACGGAAGAACAAAAUUAAACAUGCCAAAAUGCACCGGGCAAUAGCAAAGGAAUAUUUAACUCUGAACGGAUAUGAACAGGCUGUGGAGCAUCAGCAAAUAUAUCUCGAUAAAUGUCUUUCUUGAAUUCUUCAUGGCUAUUCAGCCUUGCAACAUUUUGUAUUGGGAUAAUAUUCCUGGGAUACAAAUAUUUUACCAGAGAAUUUAACUAUUGGAAAAAACGAGGUGUGUACACUCCAAAGCCAAUUCCAUUUUUUGGCAAUCUUUACGAUGUUGCCACGUUAAAACUCACUUUAUACGAGUAUGUACAAAAGAUUUACGAUGAGACUGAAGAACCAUAUUUUGGAAUGUUUAUUUUUGAUAAACCGGUUUUGCUGAUUAAAUCACCCAAGUUAAUUAAAGACAUUUUGAUAAAAGAUUUUAACGUGUUUUGUGACAGAACCAUGGCAGAUGUUACUCACCAUAAUCUUAUAUCGAAGUUUAUCUAUCAGCAAAAGUAUCAAACAUGGAAAAGUACAAAGACAAAGAUGUCUUCAGUAUUUAGUUCUGGAAUGAUGAAAACGUUUUUUACGAAUUUAGAAUUAAUAAAUAAGAAAUUUACUGAAUAUUUAGAAAAUAUUUCUGGUCCAGUGGAUGCUAAAUACAUAGCGGGUCAUUUCGGCACUGAAAUGAUUGCGCGUUGUUUUUUCGCAACUGAUCCACGUUGUUUUGAAAGAGAACCAUCGAAGUUCAGACACUUUGUUCAUCGUAUAUUUCAAUAUAGUCUGAGGAACAAAUUUAUCCAGACUGGCUAUUUUUUCAAACCCAAUUUGGUAAAGUUCUUCAAAUUAAACUUUAUCGAAGAUUCAGUAGUGCAAUACUUUGAACAAACUUUUUUGGAAGCCAUGGAAUGUAGAAAGGGAUAUAGUGGUAAACCGGUCAGUAUGGUUGACGUUGUCAAUGAUUUGGAAAAAGCAUGCGAUGGAGAUUUUCCUGAUCAGGACCUACUUGUAUCAAAUGCCAUCUUUUUAUUGAUAGCUGGACCAGAAACAACUGCUUCUAUAAUUUCUUUUGCCUUAUAUGAAUUAGCUUUAAAUCCAGAUAUACAAGAAAAAUUAAGAAAUGAAAUUAAAGACAAUUAUGAAAUUCAUAAAGGUUUCACUUACGAAGGCAUACAGAAAAAUAAAUAUUUGGAUAUGGUUGUACAUGAAACUUUAAGAAAAUACGGCGUAAUCGCAUUUCUUGAUAGAGAAGCUGUUACUGAUUAUCGACUAGAAGGAACAGAUCUUGUCAUUGAAAAGGGAAUGACAGUUUACAUUCCCGUAUUUGCUACGAUGAGGGAUCCCAAACAUUUUCCCAACCCAGAACAAUUUGAUCCUGAAAGAUUUGCUGAUACAAAUGUGAACUCAGAUGGUUUGAUCUAUUUUCCAUUUGGAGAAGGACCAAAAGCUUGCAUAGGUAAGCGCUUAGGACACUUAGCCGUUGCUGCAUGUUUGUCGCAUGUUCUAUUGAAAUUUAAUAUCGGGAAAUGCGAAACUACCCCUGAUCCAGUUGAAUUUGAAACGAAAUCUUUCACCUUACAAUCCAAAUGUGGACUUCUGAUAACAUUAACUAGCCUUUGAUAAUAAUAUGUCAAAAAUAUGUAUAAUUUUUAUAGAAAAUGUAUAAUUAAAUUGAGUACCCCACUA